GAUAACGGCGGUCUGUUGCAGAACGAUUUCGAUUGGACGGUUUUUGUGUGAUUUUAGCCAAUCACACACACCCAGGUCACAGCAAAUGAACAGGAAGAAAAGAUGGCGGCGAGGAACGGAAAGAAUGGUCUGCUGGAAAAAUGGAGGAUCGAUGAAAAGCCAGUGAAGAUCGACAAGUGGGAUGGUGCAGCAGUGAAGAACUCUCUAGAUGAUGCAGCUAAGAAGGUUCUGAUUGAAAAAUAUGGCUACAUUGAGAACUUUAACUUAGUCGAUGGACGUCUGUUCAUUUGCACGGUCUCCUGCCUUUUCGCCAUUGUAGCUUUAAUUUGGGAUUACCUGCAUCCGUUCCCAGAGUCCAAGCCUGUCUUGGCGUGCUGUGUCAUUUCGUACUUCAUAAUGAUGGGAAUUUUGACUCUGUACACCUCUUACAAAGAGAAAAACAUCUUCCUCGUGGCCAUGCAGAAGGACCCAGCUGGUAUGGACCCGGAUCACACCUGGCAGCUGUCCUCUAGCCUAAAAAGGUUUGAUGACCAGUAUACUUUAAGAAUGUCUUUCACUGAUGGGAAAACCAAGCAGUCAAGGGAGACUGAGUUUACAAAAUCAGUCGGGGCAUUCUUCGACGAGAACGGGACGCUGGUGAUGGACCAAUAUGAGAAAUCUGUCUCGAAGCUUCAUGACACACUGGCCACAGACAAGAAGACAAAGUAACGUUUAGUAGAAACUGAUGGCACCGGCCUUCAGUGACCCAGCACACACAGUAACGGUGGCUUUAGUGGGACAAAACACAGAUGCUAUUCAGAGUUUAGCUUGCAGCUAUAACAUUACAUAAGGUCAGCACAGUGUUUUUUUUUUUUUUUUUUUUUUUAUUGCUUCUGGUAAAGAAAUGGUCCAGUUUUCUUUUGUUAACCAUGUUUGUCUUUUUUUUUUUUUUUUUUAAUAUAAAUGCAAGUUCAGUUUAUGCCAGUGUCACAAUUUAAAUGCUUUUAGAAAAAAUAAAGAUGUUUCUACAACAUACAUAAAUAAGAAAAACAGUGUUCUUCAUUGUCAGUAGAUUUUAGUUAAAUUUAAACACACUUUAAAGAGCCCAAAAAUGAAAAAUUGGUCUAUAUAUGUAUUUUUUCAUAACAAGGAGCAGUUCACAUUAAGUUUUUAGGAGUUGUGAGGAUAAGCAAAAUAAGUCUCUCCUUACUUCUGGAGGUGAUCUGCAUUAGUGCUCCUACAUUUCAUGGCGCCUUGUGAAGAUGUAUGUGUGUAUAUAUAUAUAUAUAUAUAUUUUGUCCCAAGCCUUAUUAAAUGUGUCUUUUCAAUCUGCACAUUUUUUUUCUAUUCUGUAUUUUACUUCUUAGGCUUUCAGUGACAAAAAAGGGACCUUGUCCAUCUGUUGUGUUGUCCCCUUUGCCACUUUGAUACUUUUGUGUUCGGCCAUUUAAGCUUAAACCAGGGAUAAUCGUUUCAUGUUCCCUUUUUUGAGCUUCAGAUCAGUUUUGACCUGUUUUUCACACUCAGGAGUGAAUGGACCUGAUUUUCCUGGUUUUCUUUCUGUUGUUCUGUCAACAAAUUGUUUUCAAGUAGAUUAUCUGUAAUUUAUUUUGAAAGAACCGUACAUCUGGAUGCAGUUUGUUUCUCCAUAUUGUGAAAUAUUAGGCUUGCUGAAUUCCAUGAAGGAUUCUAAGCAUUUUUGUCUGAUGAUAUUAAGCUUUAGCUGCCUGUAUUGUAUGUGCCUGUUAUCAAACAAAAAAAAAAUUGCAAAAUAAAGUGAUAAGGCAUUUUUACA